AUGUCUGGAUUCUCCAUUGACCGUGAUUUCCUGGAGUCCGCUUUACGGGCACCCAAAGAGGCGCAAGACCAAGCAAUUGGCGCAUCCGACCUCACAUCCACCGAGCCUCAGCUCAACGAAGAGGGGCCAACAGUCCUAUGUGUGGAUCCCCACCAUCUCCAGACCCCCGCCCCUUCGGUGCCCGCAGACUCUUUUGGCGUGCUGGAUCCAGUCUAUUGGGAACAAGCGAACGCCAGCGCCGUGACUACUCCUGGCUUUGAUGAAUCGUUGCCUACGCUCACUGUCGCGGAAUGGGAGCUGAUGUACUUGCUCUAUGGUGACGCUGGGUGGGAAUCCUUAGCUCCGCCCUCCGAGUCCAGUCUUGGGCUGAACCCACUGCAACCUCUUCCACAGCGUUGCGACGGCGCGCUCGAAGGAAAUACCGCUGCCUUUGUUGCGCCUCAGCCUCCACUCGGGACCGGCUCUACCAGCUACUUUGUCCCGCACGUUCCCCAGCAAUAUGACAACUAUGUUCCCGAUGGGGCCCACGCGCAAUUUGCGGCGCCAGUCAUCCCCGCCGCACCUCCGUCUGUGCAACCCAGCGCGAAGCCAUUGUCCGCGAUUGGGAGACCCAACGAGCCUGUCGGUACUCCUCAAGCUGUGACGCUGAAGAGGAAGAGAGGCGCUGCUCCGAAGGACAGAAAGGGUAAAGCAAGGGAAGAGCAGGAGAAUGUCGCCGACGAUUCCUCCACAGUCAACGACGGGCACGCCGAACAAAGUCAAGAUGACCAACCCCGCCGGAGUCGUCCUCAUAAGAGCGCACCGGGCGAACAGCCAGUCACACACAAAAGGCGGAGAUAUACCAAGAAAGGUCUCAAUUACAUUUGCUCCUUAUGCAAGGCCACAAUGUUGUUUACGGAUGGCCACAGCAGGGUAUGCCCCGUGCAGCCCCCUCCCGCCGUCUGCCCCGCCUGUAGGCAAGAGUUCUCAAGGAAUGACGCCGUCACCCGCCACCGUAGAGAUGGGAGCUGCAAAGGGCCCCCAUCGGCCCAGGCUAGCACCGUAGGCAUCGUGGCGUGGCAGGGGACCGAUUUCACCUGCACCUACCCCUUGAAUGGCGAAUACGCCUCGAACGAUGUAAAUGACGGAGGCGUCGUGGGAGGUUACGACGACUCGAACAAUGGGAGCGUAGCGUACGAAAAUGUGGCUGGGCCAUCGUCCGUGACUCUGGACCUCCCGAAGCCUGCCAAUGAGGGGAAGAAGGCGAAGACCGCUCGAUCAAAGGCGAAGAACUAG